UUUAAAUUUGAAUGAACAAUUUCACGCCUUGGGUUAAAUGCGUAAAAUCUGUAAAGUACCCGUAAGAACUUAAUUCCUGAUUGUGGUUAUACUAAUAGGAUUUUUAAGGUUUGCUGAGACAUCUCUGAUAUCGCAACAAAUUAAACAGCUACCAUUUCUGAAGAUUAAGAGAACAUAAAUCAUGCAGAAUAGUCAGAGUUCCACCACGGAAGCCGCUCCGAGCGCUUCUCAUCCAUCGAUUCGUGCGUCCCGCAAAAGCGAGUGGCUAAGGAGCGCUUUAGCCCAUCACUACGACCCAGAUCCCGGAGUGGAAAAUGAAAUCGUUGUCCUCGCCACCGGUAUCGACCAGUAUUUACAGGAGGUUUUCCACCACCUGGCGUACUACAACGGCGACGAUCUCGUUUCUGCAGAGGAUUUCAGGCUGCUGUGUUACGUCGUGGGCAUGUUCGGCUCUGAGGAGGGUGCUAAGGAGAAAAGUGAUGGAGACGAAACUCGAUGGAUCUGCUCCGGACUGCCCCGCGAGCUGAACUUCAAGGAGUUCCACGCGCGGCUCUGCGGGUACUUCAGCCUCCGCGCGCGGAACAGCAAGCCGGACGCGCGCCUCCUGGUUACCGAGGAGACGGAGCACAUCGAGCGCGAGAUCAGGCUCCGGUGGCCGCGUGUGCGAAGGAGAAAAUGCGUCAGCUUUGACUUGUCAAAAGACGAUAGUACUGCGAGACGAGCCAUGCACCGACUGGGCUCUAUUCUAAAACUAGAUAACUUGCACCACUGCGCCGGCGAGCUGGAUGAGGAAGCAGACUCCAGCCUGCAGGGGGCAGCACUGCAGCAGGUGGAGACAGAGAAUGCGAGUCUGCGGGAGCUGGUGGAGGACCUGCGCGCGGCGCUGCAGGCCAGUGACGCCCGCUGCCUGGCGCUGGAGGUGACACUGCACCGGGAGAGGGGGGCGCGCCACAGGGGGACAGCGAGAGAGAGGGGAGGGGUGGCCAGAGGGGAGCGGCCGAUCACAGAGGAGCAGGGCUCGAGGGGCGCCAGGGACCUCCUGAGGGAGCUGGAGCUGAUUCGAGCCUCCCGUGACGGACAGCUGGAGGAGGCUAUGAGGUUCAACCAGAGGCUGGAGGAGGAGCUUAGGGCGGCCAAUGAGGAGAGGCGCAGGCUGGAGGGCGUGGUCAUUCGGCUGCAGAUGGAGAACGGGAAGAUCAAGAGGAAGGCGGAGGAGGCACGAUCGGCUCUGGCAGGAGGGCUAGAACGGGUCAGGGAGAUCCAGGAGCAGGCCCAGCUGGUACCCUCACUGCAGGCCCAGGUCCAGGAGCUGGAGGCUGAGAGGCAGAGAUACAGCAGGAGCCAGUGCACCUGCAGAGCUGAAGCAGAUGACCAAGAUGGCCCCCCAGCCAUGACCUCUCACUCCCCUCAGCGCCAUUCCCCCACAGGACGAGACGAGUCCUGCAACGGAGUGGAGGAGAGCUUCCAGAGGGCGGUAGAGGGCCGGGCGGCCUCGGACGAAGAGGAGGAGGAGAGAGGGAGCGAGGAAGGGCAGUGCUGUCUGGUGGAGGUGAAGAGACUGCUAAACAGACUGCGCUGCUGUGCCAAAGGCUGUCAGAACACUGCUCGUCACCUGCUCCUCUCACAGACCUGUUUCCAUGCCAACACCCACAAUAGCAUCACUGCGUCCAUGGAGCUCAGGGGGAGGGGCCACAGGAGCCACACCCUCACAGAGGAGAAGGGGAGUGAGCUGGAAAAGUGCCUGUGCUCCAUAGGCAGGGAGCUACAGCUGAAGCAGGAUGAGGUGGAGAUGCUGAGGCUGGAGGUGCAGAUGGUGGAGACGGAGAGAGUCCGUCUGUCCCUGCUGGAGGAGAAACUGACAGACGCACUGACACUUCUGCUGCAGCUGCGCACCAAGGAUAUCUCUCGCAGAUCCUUGGGAAAGAUUUUUAUGGACACAUUAGAUGUCUGCAACAAAGCCGGUCAUGGCCCCUCCCAAGUGCCGCAGGUGCUGGAUGCCCUCUGUCAACAGCUGCUCUCCUGCGAGCUCCUCCGAGAGGGGGCGGGGCCACAGACCGGCACAGGCUCCAAACGCGACGCCGCCAACCCCCUGCUCAUCUCCUGCUGAGACCCUCGAGCCCGAGCAGGCCGAGUCAGCGGGUUUCACCGGGGAUAAUCCCCCUGAGAGGUGACCCCCCCACCCAACCCCCAGGUCCUGCAGUGUACAUACUGUGUGUAAAGCAGGCUUACUGCUGGAGAUCUGCCCCAUGUUUCCUGUGAGGAAACGCAUUAAGGGUGUGUAACUCCUGCUCUGUGUUUGUGGAACCACAUCAGCUAAAGCUGGGCUCAGCUAAGCUAUUUACUGUCCUUGAAAAUAUAAUACCUCUAUCAUCAGCCAUAUAUUAUUAUAUAAUUAUGUAUUGCAGUAUUGUAAUGUUACUAUGUAAAUAUGAAUCCAUUUUUCAGACCAGAAAUGGAGAGGUUUGCUCAAAUGAGUCAACUCUAUGUAGUGAUUAGGACACUGGACUAUAGGCCUGAGGGUGUUGUGUUCAGAGUCAGAGCUGUAACAGUUAAAAGUACUCUACCCUGAAUUACUCCUUGUUUAAGAAUGAACUGCACAAUACACUGAUAACACUGUGUAAAUAACUCUGGAGUGUCUGUUAAGCCUAAUAUAUCAUGCAAAUUG